AUGGUGGUCCUGAGAGAGGGAGAUUAUGUCUGGGUGGACACCAGCAUAGGCGUGCCCAUUGGAGCUGAAGUCCAAUUUGCAGAUUCCGGGCAGCUUGUGCUCAUUGACGAUGAAGGGAAGGAGCACAAGAUCAACAACAAGGAUGCAUCCUUCAAGCCAAUGCACCCCACUUCAGUUAAGGGUGUGGACGACAUGAUUCAGCUUGGGGACCUCAAUGAGGCAGGGCUGCUCCGAAAUCUCUAUAUUCGGCACAAGGAGGGAAUUAUCUACACCUACACUGGUUCGAUCCUGGUGGCAGUGAACCCAUACCAGCUGCUGCCAAUCUACACCCUAGACCAGGUGGAGAUGUACACAGACCGAAGGCUGGGUGAGCUGCCCCCGCACGUGUUUGCCAUCGCUGACAGCUGCUUCUUCAACAUGCGCCGCAGCCACAAGAACCAGUGCUGCAUCAUCAGUGGAGAGUCAGGAGCUGGGAAAACAGAGAGCACAAAGCUAAUGUUGCAGUUCCUGGCUGCAGUGAGUGGGCAACACUCCUGGAUAGAGCAGCAAGUACUUGAGGCCAACUCUAUUUUGGAAGCCUUUGGCAACGCAAAGACAGUCCGUAACGACAACUCCAGUCGCUUUGGGAAGUACAUUGACAUCCACUUCACCAAAGGAGGAGUUAUUGAAGGCGCCCGCGUUGACCAGUACCUGCUGGAGAAAUCACGAGUCUGCAGACAGGGUCCUGACGAGAGGAACUAUCAUAUAUUCUACUGCAUGCUGUUGGGAAUGUCAAGUGAAGAGAAGAAUCUCUUGUCCUUAGGGACACCUGCUCAGUAUAACUACUUAAUCUCGGGAAACUGCACCUCCUGUGAGGGGAGAGACGACAUUAUGGAGUAUGCCCACAUUCGCUCGGCCAUGAAAAUUUUGGCGUUCACAGAUAACGACUCCUGGGAGAUCAACAAGCUUCUAGCCUCCAUCCUCCAUAUGGGCAAUGUGACGUUUGAUGCUAUUGUUUCAAAUAACCUGGAGGGCUGCCACGUAGAAAGCUCAACCCAUUUCAACAUGGCUGCCAAAUUGCUGGAGGUGGAUUCAAUGGCUCUUGCCGAUAGUCUGACACACCGGUCCUUCAUGACCACUCGGGAGAGUGUGACCAAAUCCCUCAGUGCUGAGCAGGCCAUGGAUGGCAGGGAUGCCUUUGCAAAGGCUAUCUAUGGGAAACUGUUUGUGUGGAUUGUGGAGAAAAUCAACAGUGCUGUAUACAAGCCUCCAUCUGAUGACUCCAAUUAUUUUGGACGAUCCAUUGGCCUCCUGGACAUAUUUGGCUUUGAGAACUUCAAGCAGAACAGCUUCGAACAGCUCUGUAUAAACUUUGCAAAUGAGCAGCUGCAACAGUUUUUCGUGAAACAUGUUUUCAAGCUGGAACAGGAGGAGUAUGCUCGUGAGAACAUUGUGUGGAAACACAUUGAUUUCAAUGACAACCAGAAGACUCUCGAUGUGUUGGCCAACAAGUCUGUCAACAUUCUGGCCCUUAUCGAUGAAGAGAGCCACUUCCCUAAGGGUACAGAUAUCACUAUGCUGAACAAGAUGAAUCAAGUACAUGGCCAGAGCAAUGUCUACAUUCCUCCAAAGAAUAACCAUGAGACACAGUUUGGAAUUCACCAUUUUGCUGGAGUAGUCUACUAUGACUCAAUAGGUUUUCUGGAAAAGAACAGGGAUGCCCUGAGUUCUGAUCUCAUUAAUUUGGUUGAGACAUCAUCUAACAAACUGCUCAAGCUGAUCUUCCAAAACGAGCUUUCCUCAAAUGAAGUGGUUAAAGUCUCCAACCCCAAACUGAUCAUCACCCGCAGAAACUCAUUGAUGCAAACUGGAGACUUAACUAAGAAGCGAGUUCCCACACUUUCUGGCCAGUUUCGUCAGUCACUGGAGGCCCUGAUGAAGACUCUCACCGCAUGCCAGCCUUACUUCAUACGUUGCAUCAAACCCAAUGACUACAAAAAGCCUUUGCUUUUUGAUCGAGAGCUGUGUAUGCGCCAGCUUCGUUAUUCUGGAAUGAUGGAGACCAUCCGCAUCAGGAAAGCCGGCUAUCCCAUCCGACAUUCUUUCGAUGAAUUCUUGGCGCGUUACCGCACUUUGCUGAACUCUGCUGUUUGCAACCCUAAAGUUGAGAGUCCCAGAAGAUGCAGUGAAUCCAUCUGUAUGAAUAUUCUUACUAGUGCAGAAGACUGGAAGGUCGGAAAAACCAAAGUCUUUUUGAAGGAUUAUCAUGACACCAUGCUGGAAUUAGCACGAGACAGAGCACUCAACAAGAAAGUUCUCAUCAUUCAGAGAGUCCUAAAAGGCUACAAAUACAGGCGAGACUUUUUGAAGAAAAGGUCUGCGGCAGUGGUUUUGCAGAAACACUGGCGUGCAUACAAGGGCAAAAAGCUAUACAGAGUGGUCCAGCUCGGCUUUGCACGUCUUCAGGCCAAGGUUCGUGCACGCCAACUCUGUCACCAGUAUCAGCAGAGGCGUGAAGCAACUGUGGUGCUGCAGACUCAUGUCCGUGGACACCUGGCAAGGAAGGAGUGGAACCGAAAGAGACAAGCGGUUAUCCUUCUGCAGGCUCACACCAGGGGCAUGCUUGCUCGGAGAGCUAUGAACAAGAGAAAGAAAGAUGCUCUCCUGACUGCCCAGGAGAGACGGGCAGAGGAGGCGGCCCUGCGGGAGAGGCAGAGGAAACUAGAUGAAGUCCUUCGCCAGAAGAAGGAGAGAGAGGAGGCUGCCAAGGCACAAGCCAUGACUGAUCAGGAAAUGGUGAACGAAAUCUUUGAAUUUCUGCCCCAAGAGGUGGAAGGCCAGGAUCAGGGUCAGGCUCCUCAGGCGUUUAAGGAUCUGGAGGAAAAACGAAUGGUUCUGGAGGAGGUGGAUCUUGAUGAGACCCCCAUAAUGGAGGCACCCCAAGAAGAAGAAUUCGAUGACCUAGAUGAGUAUUCAUUCAACAAGUUUGCGUCCAUGUACUUCCAGGGAGCUGCUACACCCACACACCUCCGCCAGAGGCUGCAGGAACCUUUGCUUUUCCACGAGGAUGAAAAUGAUACUCUGGCUUCAUUAAAUGUGUGGUGGAUCAUUCUGAGGUUCAUGGGUGACCUACCAGAGCCCAGACCUCAGCAGGGCACAGAGCAAAGAGUGAGGGAGCAUGAUAACAGCAUGAUUGGAGAGAAUGCAACCCUGGACAGACCACUGUCAACCUUGGAAAAAGUCCACAUCAUUGUGCGAUAUGCCAUUGUCAGACCGAAUCUGAGGGAUGAGAUCCUCUGUCAGAUUUGUAAACAGCUUCAGGAGAACAGAAACAAGAACAGCUACUUCCGUGGCUGGGUUCUCCUUUCUAUCUGUUUGGGCAUCUUCCCCCCUUCUACACGCUUCAUCAAAUACCUGCAGAGCUUCCUCCGGUUUGGACCUGUGGGCUAUGCUCCCUACUGUACAGAGAGACUCAGGCGCACUGUGGCCAAUGGAGUCCGUGGGGAACCACCGAGCUGGCUGGAGCUACAGGCAUCCCAAACAAAGAAACCUAUUUCAGUCUCUGUGACACUCAUGGAUGGCCGUACUGUUAGUUUGCCUGUUGACUCAGCCUCCAAUUCCAAAGAGGUCUGCCAAGUCCUUUCUCAGAGAUUCAACAUUAAGGACACAUUCGGCUUCUCACUCUACGCUGCUAUAUAUGAUAAGGUUUGGUCAUUAGGUAGCGGAAGAGAGCAUGUGAUGGAUGCCAUCUCGCAAAGCGAACAGGAAGUGAGGCGAAAGGGAGGACAGGAACAGCAUGCCCCUUGGCGUCUCUACUUUCGCAAGGAGAUUUUCACACCCUGGCACGACUGCAGCUUUGACAACGUCAGCACCGACCUCAUCUACAAACAGGUCAUCCGAGGUCUGAAGUAUGGAGAGUACAGGUGUGACAAGGAGGAUGAUUAUGUCCAGCUUGCAGUGAAACAUUACUAUGUACUGCACGGGUCGAAUGCUAGCGCAGCCAAUGCUAAGAAUGUGGUUCAGGAGUGCAUUAAUACUAAACUGGUAGAGUCAAAAACAGAGGCCAGAUGGGUCCAGCUGGUCAGCAGUUCACAUGCACAGUGUCCAUAUAUAACCUCAAAGACAAAGCCUGAAAAAGUAAAAGCAGAGACGGUGGACUAUGCCCGUAAAAAAUGGCCGAUGCUCUUCUCCAGGUUUUAUGAGGUUGCCAAAGUUUCAGGUCCUGCUCUACCCAAAAACAUGUUCAUUUUGGCAAUCAACUGGACAGGAAUAACAUUUUUGGAUGAAAGAGAAAGGAAAUUUCUGGAAGUUUCCUACCCAGAGAUUACUGGGGUCAGCACUUCUUUUGGUCAGUCCGUGUCUUUGCACACACUGAAGGGAGACUUCAUUCUGAGUGCAGUGAUGGCCACAGACAUUACUGAUUUGAUCACCACCUUCCUGGCUGGUCUGAAGGAACGCUCCCACUAUGCAGUGGCCUUGCAGGAAUCCAACAGACCAGAUGAUCCAACAAUCCUCAGUUUUAAGAAAGGAGAGCUAAUCCUACUCAUUAAAGAUGAUGAUUACUCUGCGGAACGAGGCUGGGUCAAGGGGCAGAGUGAGAGAACUGGGAAAACAGGUGCUGUACCUCUAGAAGCCAUCUUGAUCUUGCCCACCAUCACCAAACCGACAAAUGAAGUCAUGAGCCUGAUCAACCUGUCCCCAGACCAAAGGAAGAACAUUAUUAAUAGCACAAUCAGGGGCACAGUCGCAGAGAGACUGGCACCUGCGUCUCUCAAAGAGUACUCCAUCGAAUACUUCAGGCAGCCCACCGUAGAUGUAAACAGGCAGGUGAUAGCCAAGAACAGUGCACCUGAGAGGCUAUGGAUGAGCUCCAAAGAGCCAAUCAGACAGCCCCUGCUGAAGAGGCUGGUGGGCAAUGCAGAGUUCACACAGCAAGCCUGUCGGGCUUUCACUGCUAUCUUGAAAUAUAUGGGUGAUUACCCAACAAGGCAAGUCCAGAACCCCAUGGAGCUAACAGACCAGAUCUUUGGCCCACCCACAAAGAAUGAGGCAAUGAGGGAUGAGAUUUACUGCCAGAUCAUGAAACAGAUGACAAACAACCAAGGACGUUACAGUAUGGACCAGGGUUGGCAGCUGCUAUGGUUGUGUUGUGGCCUCUUCCCACCAAGCAACUCUCUGCUGAAACAUGCCCAGCGUUUCAUUGAGUCCCGCAGACUGGAUCCGUUGGCCUCUGACUGCCUGCAGCGCCUACAGGGAGCCCUACGGGUGGAGCCCCGGAAGCUUCCACCACACCAGUUGGAAGUAAAUGCCAUUCAACAGGACAGCACUCAGAUCUUGCACAAAAUCUUUUUCCCCAAUGAUGAUGGGGAGAUCUUUGAGAUUGGAACCAACACUCGUGUUCGAGAUCUGAUCCGGACCAUUGCCAGUAAACUCAAGCUGGUCUCAGACGAGGGCUUCAGUCUGUUUGUAAAAACUCCAAACAAGGUUUUGAGUAUGAACGAUGCAGAUUACUUCUUUGACAGUCUGAGACACAUCACUGAUUGGAUGAAACAAAUCAAGGGAGUAAAAGAAGGAGAGCCAGUGAGCAUGCCCUACACUGUGUUCUUCAUGAGGAAACUCUGGUUCAACAUGAACCCGGGCAAAGAUCUAGUGGCUGAUCUGGUCUUCCAUUACCCUCAGGAGAUGCCCAAGUAUCUGAGAGGCUAUCAUCACUGUAGCAAGGAGGAAAUGGUUCAGCUGGCAGCCCUGCUCUUCAGGGUGAAGGUGAACAAUGACAAGACCCAGUUUGUCACCAUUCCCAAGAUGCUGAAGGAGCUGGUGCCUAGUGACCAACUCAAGGCCAUGUCCACAGAUGAAUGGAAGAAGAGCAUUGUUGCAUCUUACAAUAAGCAGGGGGACAUGACAGUCCAAGAUGCUAUGGUGGCCUUUUUAAAGGUCGUCUCCAAGUGGCCAACGUUUGGCUGUGCUUUCUUUGAAGUGAAGCAAACGUCAGAGCCAACUUUCCCUGAUAUAGUGAGAAUUGCCAUCAACAGGCUGGGAGUCACAAUCAUUCGUCCCAAAGACAAGGUGGUUCUGGCCACUCAUCCUUAUAACACGAUUGCUAACUGGUGCAGUGGAAGCACAUACUUUCACAUGACAAUUGGAAGCCUUGUCAAGGGGACUAAGCUUCUGUGUGAGACUUCUCUGGGCUACAAAAUGGAUGACCUUUUGACCUCCUAUGUCAACAUGUAUAAGAAAAAGGCUGUUGGGCACAGGAUCCGACGCUACGACUAG